AUGAAGCUGAAAAAACCAUCUGAUGUGAAAUAUGUUUCUCCUAGUAGCUAUGAGAUUUUCUUUGCUUCUCUGCUUGCAAUUUUUGUGUGUGUUUGUGUUGGACUGAUUGUACUUUCUUGGUUAUCAAUCCAGGAGUUGGAACGAGUUGAAUCAGAGGGAAUUACUCAUAGCUAUACGGGAAUAUUAAAAAUAGUCUCUGGCACGUCUUUCACUUCAACCUUACAAAACAGUUCCUCAGCUGAUUUCAAAGUCCUUGCCUUUGAUGUCGAAAAAUUGAUACAAGAUAUCUUUCACAAAAGUGAUCUGAAACACAAGUUUGAGAGAUGUGAAAUCUCCCAAUUCAGGAAAUCGGAAGAUGGCCAUGGCAGAUUGACAUCAGAGACCAGUGUGGUUGUGAUCCUCACCCUUUAUUUUACCCGGAUGGCAACAGCUGAGAAAAUAAAAAAUGAGCUGGUUUUGGGUGUCACUGCAAAUAACCCUACCGAGACUUUGAAAAUUGAUGUGAACAGCAUACAAAUCACAGUAGCUGCUGAAAAUCCUACUACAACAACACCUUUAACCUCAUCAGAUCCCACGAGUUUCAUUGCAAGUUCCCUGACACCAACUCCAGGUGAGAACUUUACAGGGGAAGACAAGAAAGAAUUGCUCCUCUUUUGGUGCUCCCAGAGAGCAAGAAGUAGAGUUCUAACCUUGGGUUGUGUUUGUUCAGGUUCAGGACAACUCACCACAAUCAAGCCCUCAACAACAGUGGCUGAGUGUUUGCUGCCUGCUGAACUCUGUGCUGAUGGUGCAACCUGUAUUAGUGAAGAAUUCUUUUGUGAUGGAGUCUUGAACUGCCCAGAUGGUUCAGAUGAAUCUGAAAAUAGAUGUGCUGCAGUUUGUGAUGGACAAUUCAUGUUGACUGGCUCCUCUGGGUUUUUUCACUCUAUGAAUUAUCCAAAGCCAUAUAAUGAAAACAUUGUUUGCAAAUGGAUAGUAGUGGUGCCUCAAGGGUUGUCCAUUAAACUGAACUUCACUUCUUUUGAAACACAACCAUAUGCAGACGAGCUGAGUAUUUUUGAAGGAUUAGGACAAAACAAAGUUUUAAGAGCUUCUCUGUCAGGGACCAAUCCUGAAACAAUUUACAUUUUUUCUCAUGAGGCUACAGCACUGUUUAUGUCUGAUUAUGCAGAGAAUUAUAAUGGCUUUAAUGCAACAUACACUGUAUUUAAUGCAAGUGAACUAAACAAUUAUGAGAAAAUCAAUUGCACUUUUGAAGAUGGCUUUUGUUUCUGGAUACAAGAUUUGGAUGAUGAUUCAGACUGGGAGAGAGUUCAGGGUCCCACCUUUCCCUUGAUGAGUGGUCCUGAAUUUGAUCAUACAUUUGGCAACUUGUCAGGAUUUUAUAUUUCAACACCCAUUGGACUUGGAUUCAUAGAAGAGCGGGUCCGGAUUCUGAGCUUGACUUUGGUCCCUUCAGACAUCUAUUGUCUAAGCUUCUGGUAUUUCAUGUAUGGGGAUAAUGUUUACCGUUUAAGAGUCAGCAUAAGCAACGAGCGUGGUCAGGAAAAGAUAAUUUUCGAGAAAGAAGGAAACUAUGGAAACAACUGGAAUUAUGGACAAGUAACUUUAAAUGAAACAUCUGAUUUUAAGGUUAUUUUUGAUGCCUUUAAAAGGCGUGGUCCCAGUGACAUUGCCCUGGACGACACUGGCCUGACAAAGGGAAAGUGCAACGAAGACAAUUAUGUAGAGCCAACUGUGAGGCCAACUACUGCCACCACCCCGUUGGCUCCCACUGACUGUGGAGGGCCGGUUGAACUCUGGGAGCCAAACAGUACAUUCAGCUCUGCAAACUUUCCAAACAAUUACCCUAAUUUAGCUUCUUGUGUGUGGUACUUGAAUGCUGAAAAUGGAAAAAACAUCCAGCUUCACUUUCAGGUCUUUGAUCUGGAAAAUAUUUAUGAUGUGGUUGAAAUCAGAGAUGGCAGAGGACCAGAUUCUUUACUUUUGGCUGUCUACACAGAGAGAGGCCCUCUGCCAGAUGUCUUCUCUACAACAAACCAGAUGACAGUGAUCCUCCGGACAGACAAGUCUUCAACUGGGAAGGGAUUUCUUGCAAACUUCACCACUGGCUACCAUCUGAGGGCUUGCACAGUUGAUGAGCACCAGUGUGGUAGUGGGAAAUGCAUCCCAUUGCACAACCUGUGUGACAACGUCCCUCAGUGUGAAGAUGGCUCUGACGAAGCAAAAUGCAUGAGAUUGCUCAAUGGCUCUCAGAGCACCGAAGGGCUGGUACAGGCCAGGGUUGGGGAGUCGUGGCACCUGGCAUGUGCAGAGGAUUGGAGUGGAGAGAUUUCAGACAGUGUUUGCCAGCUGCUGGGGUUGGGGCAUGCAAAUAUGUCAUCACCUGUAUUAUUCACUGGAGAUGGCCCAUUUGUCACCAUCACCAAAGGAGGUAACCACGGCCUAAUUUUCACAAAAAGAGAACACUGUCGGGACAACCUGGUGGUUCAUCUGCAAUGUAACGUUCAAUCUUGUGGAAAAAACCUGGUAACUCAGAAUAAUGGAACAAGAAUUGUAGGUGGAAAUGAUGCCAGAAGAGAGGCUUGGCCCUGGAUAGUUUCACUCCAUUUUAAUUUCCAACCCGUUUGUGGAGCUUCCCUUGUCAGUGACCAGUGGCUGGUGACAGCAGCACACUGUGUCUAUGGGAGGCAGCUGAAGCCGUUCCAUUGGCAAGCAGCUCUUGGCUUGUACAGCCAGUCAGACCUGGCAAAGCCUCCAGCAGUGGUUCAGAACAUUGACAGAAUAAUUAUAAAUCCUCAUUACAUGAAGCAAACAAAAGACAGUGAUAUUGCUCUGAUGCACCUUCAACACAAAGUGCAGUAUACAGAUUACAUCCAACCUAUCUGCCUACCAGAUAAAAACCAACAGUUUCCACCAGGAAUUAACUGCUCCAUUGCUGGCUGGGGGGCUAUUCUCAAUGAUGGUCCCUCUUCAAAUAUAUUGCAAGAAGCAGAGGUCCCUCUCCUUUCUAAUGAAAAAUGCCAGCAAUGGAUGCCAAAAUAUAAUAUUACUGAGAAUAUGCUCUGUGCAGGAUAUGACAUGGGAGGAAUAGAUUCCUGCCAGGGGGAUUCAGGUGGCCCUCUGACAUUUGAAGAUGGGGACAAGUGGUUUUUGGUUGGUGUGACAUCAUUUGGGGAAGGGUGUGCCAUUCCCCAGCGACCAGGAGUGUACGCUCGAGUCACCAUGUUUGUGGACUGGAUCAAAACCAUCAUCUAUUAG